AUGAUCGAUGCCGUCGAACCUCUGGGGGAACUGGACGUAGCAGGUCUUCUUCCCCAGGGCGGGGUCCAUCAUGAAACACAUCGCCUCCUUCAGCGCCUGGCUGUUGUUGAAGUAAUGGUCACAGUCCACGUUCAGGAGGUAGGCUCCGUUGGUCAGGACGGCGGACACCCGGAUCUGAAUGAACCAAGUAAAAGAUAG